AUGGCACCUUCUGCGAUCGCCACCAUCACCGAAUACACGAACAAGCUGUUUCUAGAGAAUCUCGAACAGUCGGAUUAUAGUCUGGCUGUCAAGAAUCCCGGCGACCAUGUCUACCAAGACUCAAAGCAGCUGAUUGGCGCUGCGCUGAAAAAGCGUGUUGAGAAUAUUGAUUCGGAGACCUGCGGUGUGGGAGAGGAGGAUGCGUUCUUCGUGGCCGAUAUGGGCGAGGUCUACCGCCAGCACCUGCGCUGGAAGAUGAAUCUCAAGCGAGUCAAGCCCCACUAUGCUGUCAAAUGCAACCCCGAUCCUCAAGUACUUCGCCUGCUCGCCGAGCUGGGCACCGGUUUCGACUGCGCCUCCAAAGCCGAGAUCGAGCAGGUGAUCAAGAUGGGAGUUGACCCGUCGCGGAUCAUCUACGCCCAGCCCUGCAAGACCAAAUCUUAUGUCCGCUAUGCCGCUCAGCAAGGCGUCAAGCAGAUGACGUUCGACAACGCGGAUGAGUUGUACAAGAUCAAGCAGCUCUUCCCGGGCGCCGAGCUCUUCCUACGCAUCCUGACCGACGACUCGGCAAGCCUGUGCCGCCUGAGUCUCAAAUUCGGCGCCUCCUUGGAUUCUACCCAGGAUCUUCUCGAGCUGGCCAAGAAGCUCGAGCUCAACGUCGUCGGGGUCGCCUUCCACGUCGGCAGCGGCGCCUCCGACCCCGCGGCCUUCCUCAAAGCCGUCCAAGACGCCCGCGUCGUGUUCGACCAAGCCGAAGCGCUCGGCUUCCAGCUGCACACGCUCGACGUGGGCGGCGGCUUCGUCAGCGAGACCUUCGACGCCAUGGCCGCCGUGUUGUCCGACGCUCUAGACGUCCAUUUCCCGCCGCACAUCCGCAUCAUCGGCGAGCCGGGACGGUACUACGUCGCCAACGCCUUCACCAUCGCCUGCAACGUCAUCGCCCGCCGCACCGUGCACGACCCGGAGCUCGGCACCACCAGCUACAUGCUCUACCUCAACGACGGCGUCUACGGCAACUUCAGCAGCAUCAUGUUCGAUCACCAGCACCCCGUGCCCCGCAUCUUGAAAGCUGGCGACCGCAUCCUCUUCGGCGAGCACGAGGAUAGCUAUGAGCUGGAGUCGGGAGGCAAGCUGCCGACCGAGUACUCCAUCUGGGGCCCGACGUGCGAUGGUAUUGAUUGCAUCUCGGCUAGCUGCACCCUGCCGGAGACGCUGGAUGUCGGCGAUUGGCUGUACUUUGAGGAGAUGGGCGCGUAUACUAAGUGCUCGGCUACGAGGUUCAAUGGCUUUACGGAUUGCCAUGAGACGGUUUAUGUCUCGUCUGAGGCGGGGGCUAGUGCGCUUUUGGGGUUGUGA